AUGACUUCCCCUGCCCCGAUGAAGGUCUGCUUCGUGACCGUGGGAGCCACGGCCUCGUUUGAGCCGCUGGUAUCUGCCGUGUUGGAUGGCCGCUUUCUUGCUUCUCUCGGAGAACUCGGCUAUACGAAUCUUCUGGUUCAAUAUGGCAAAGACGGGCGGCCUAUCUUUGACAGGUUUCUUCAAGACCGGGACUCGGAGGAGGCGGCGACCUCGCACAGCAUCCAGGUGGAUGGGUUUGACUUUAACCAGGCUGGUCUGGGACGCGAGAUGCGUCUGGCCCAGGAGAAUGCAGCAGAAGGUCGGCGGAGUGGUGCGAUUAUCAGCCAUGCUGGCUCGGGGAGUAUUCUAGAGGCUCUACGUCUAGGAAUCCCACUGGUCGUUGUACCUAAUUCUUCCCUGAAAGACAAUCACCAAGAGGAGCUUGCGCGGGAACUUCAGAAACAGGGAUAUGUUGUUGCGAGCCACUACGAACAGCUACCCUCUGCAAUCCGCCAGGCUGAGGACUUGCGCGCGCGUAUGAUGGCUUGGCCGCCGGUCGACAGCGUUCAAACGAAACGAAAGCAGCCUCUUGCCGGAGUCAUGUCUGACGAACUGGGCUUUCUGGAUUGAUUUUUCGUAAUCCCAGAUAUCCACAUACGAUGCUAGAUCCAUCUGCAGAUUCUCUCUCAUAUAGCGAGCAUUGAGAUGAUGCUCCGGUCUUGAAUACAUGAAGCUGGAGGCAGUGUGGAUACACCUCGCCUUGAGAACGAGUAUAUAACCAGAGAGAGCGGUCUGCAAUCUGGCAUGACAAAUUAUAGAAAUAUUCUUAUUACAGUCGAAUGAUAAAAUCAAUUAGAAAGUCUC